AUGGAGUUCCUAGACAUCCUCCUACUCCUCCUAGUAAUACUCUUCCUCAAAUUUUGGUGGCGGCGAUGGUCCACCACUGGUGGGGGCCCGAGGAAUCUACCCCCGGGCCCGCCAGGGUGGCCCAUUGUUGGAAACCUCUUCCAAGUCAUCCUCCAACGUCGACCCUUCAUGUACGUGGUUCAAGACCUACGUAAGACGUACGGGCCCAUCUUCACGAUGAAGAUGGGCCAAAAGACCAUGGUCAUCCUCACGGGCCGAGAAUUGAUCCAUGAGGCCCUAGUCCAGCGAGGCGCGCUCUUUGCGAGCCGUCCUGCUGAGUCACCCACCCGCCUAGUCUUCAGCCUGGGCAAGUGCGCUAUCAACUCGGCAGAGUAUGGCCCGUUAUGGCGGGCCUUACGUAGGAACUUCGCUGCCGAGGUAGUGAGCCCGGCCCGGGUGAAGCAGUGCGGAUGGGUGAGGAAAUGGGCUAUAGAUAACCAUAUGGGCCUGAUCAAGGACCAGGCCCAAGAUAAAGGAUACGUAGAGGUUAUGAGCCAGUGUAGGCUCACUAUAUGCAGCGUAAUAAUCUGCAUUUGCUUCGGAGCCAAGUUACCUCAAGAAUUAAUAAAAGGGAUUGAGAGUGUACUCAAACAAGUAAUGCUAAUGACUUUACCGAAGCUUCCAGACUUCCUGCCCGUCCUGACCACCUUGGUUGCCCGGGGGCAACUGAGGAGGGCCAAGGAGCUAAGGAAAAGGCAGAUGGAGAUCCUCGGCCCGUUAGUGCGGGCCCGGAAGGCUUUCGUUGAGAGUGGAGGGAGGGCCGAUAGCAGCCCGCUCCACAUGGCGAGUCCGGUUGGGGCUGCCUACGUAGACUCUCUCAUGGGUCUUGACCCGCCCGGAAGGCCCGGCGGGCUCGGGGAGGAAGAGUUAGUGACUUUGUGCUCCGAGGUGAUCAAUGCUGGAACUGACACUAGCGCCACCGCCAUUGAGUGGGCCCUCCUUCACCUUGUGGUCGACCAGAGGGUGCAACAGAAAUUGUACGAGGAAAUAGUGGACGUGGUUGGUAAAAAUGGGAUAAUUAACGAGGACGACCUCGAGAAGAUGGUGUAUCUCAAAGCUAUCAUCAAGGAGACCCUACGGCGACACCCACCGAGCCACUUCCUUCUCUCCCACGCCGCCACGGACGACACCGUCCUAGGCGGCUACACCAUCCCAAAAGACAUAAAUCUCGAGAUCUACACGGCGUGGCUGACCCAAGACCCGACCCUAUGGCCCGACCCGGAGGCGUUCCGGCCCGAAAGAUUCCUACCCGGAGAAGAAGGAUAUGAAGUGGACUGGACGGGCAACCGGGGGGUUAACAUGCUGCCAUUCGGGGCGGGCAGGCGGAUAUGCCCGGCAUGGAAUUUGGGUACGUUGCAUGUGGGUCUGUUACUUGCUAGGAUGGUGCAAGCUUUUCGUUGGGUUCCUAUAUCGGGUAGCCCGCCCGACCCGACUGAAACUUUUGCUUUUACUAUGGUUAUGAAGAACCCUCUUAAGGCUGGUAUAUUACCUAGGACCUAGGUGUUGAAGAUUUAAUCUGUUGAUUAUGAAGUAACAUAAUUAAUUGAUGAGUAGACAGAUUGUACUAUCCGCCGGAUGUCGGAUAGGUAUUUAAUAAUGC